GUGCAGCCGAAUCUUAGUAGUUAGUAGGUUCCACAAACAAAAAUUAAAUUUCCAAAUACAACAGUUAGUACUGUGAAACAAACCAAUAUCAUUCCCUACCCAACUAGUUUACUCACUACUUACACCUUCCAAUAAUAAUACUAACAGAAUUCCAGUGAAGUGGACGCCAAGAAAAGAAGCUUUUGAUAAUAUUUCUCUACUUAUAUUAUCAUCUCCUCUUCUUAGAUACUUCACUUGCUUAUUGUGACACUACUACUACACCAUUUGAGACGUUUUCGUGCUCCGAAUGGCCGACAGUCCAGCAGAUGGGGUGGUGGUGCUGAAUAGGAGAGCGGAGAUUGAUACACGAGCACCGUUUAGAUCUGUGAAAGAGGCGGUUUCGUUGUUCGGUGAGAGAGUUUUAGCCGGCGAAGUUUAUGCGGGAAAACUCAGGGAGAUGGAUAAGAAUGCAAGUAACCAAAAAGAAGAAGGAAAUUUAGAGAUAAGCAUCAUGACAAAUGAGCUUGAAGAAACAAAAGAAAGCCUUCAAAAAGCUAAAGAAGAGACUAUUGUGAUGGCCACUUGCUUAUCUUCGCUCGAGGAGGAGCUAGAGAAGACGAAGAGAGAACUUCAAGAGCUCAAAUUGGAGAGAGAAUCUGAGAAGCAAAUGAUGGAGUUUGAAAUGGAAGACCUUAAAUUUGUUGAAGAUAAUCCACCAAUAACCACCACAAGCUUACAACGGAUAAGAGAGAGUGAAAGGCUCAACAACGGUAAUCUAGGUGGGAUGGUUGAGUUUGAGAACAGGAGAUAUGUGAGUUUUGCGAAAGCACCAUUCUCUGAAGUUGUAGCACCUGAUCGUAAGAGUGGGCCCUUUUUGGAGAGACAUGCUUCUCUUAAAAAGAAGAAAAGGCAACCAUUAAUACCUUUAAUUGGAAGCAUAUUUAACAGGAAGAAGAAGAACUCUGAAGUUGCCUCUGCCAAGACUCCGUAAUUCAAUAUCUGCAAGAUCGCCCAAAGCAAUAAGCAUCUUUCUUUAUCCAUGCUAAUAUUCUGUUUUGACCUCUUUGUAUCUCUAUCUUAUUCUGUAUUUCACUUUACUCCAUUUUUCCUUUUACUUUUUCUUUCUUUUUGAGUUUAAUUGUUAUUAGUUUAUGGUACUGCGAGAAAGUUCCGAGUUACAUUAACCAUGUAAGAGACGAAUAAUAAUAUGUUCAUACUUCAUACUUA